GCAGCUCCGCACCCCCGGCGCGCUGGUUUCCCGGCGUGCUGAGCGCCGUUUUCCAGCCGGGACGACGCUGAAGCGGUUUUUGGCUUCCCUUCGUCCGUCUCCCCCGCUCUCGUUUUGAGCUUCUGCUGCCCGAUUUUACGUCCAUUGUCCCACCAUGCAGAGUGUACCUCCGAAGAAGAAGCUGGAGAAGAAAGCGGAGAAGCAGCUCUUUGACGCCGCGUCCUUUGGGAAGGACCUGCUGGCGGGCGGGGUGGCGGCGGCCGUGUCCAAGACGACGGUGGCGCCCGUCGAGCGGGUAAAGCUGCUGCUGCAGGUGCAGGCGUCGUCCAAGCAGAUCAGCCCCGAGGCCCAGUACAAAGGCCUCGUGGACUGCCUGGUGCGGAUUCCCCGUGAACAGGGUUUCUUCAGUUAUUGGCGUGGCAAUUUGGCAAAUGUUAUCCGGUAUUUUCCAACACAAGCUCUAAACUUUGCUUUCAAAGACAAAUACAAACAACUGUUCAUGUCUGGAGUUAAUAAAGAAAAACAGUUCUGGAGGUGGUUUUUGGCAAACCUGGCUUCUGGUGGAGCCGCUGGGGCAACAUCCUUAUGUGUAGUAUAUCCGCUAGAUUUUGCCCGAACCCGAUUAGGUGUUGAUAUUGGAAAAGGUCCUGAAGAGAGACAAUUCAAGGGUUUAGGUGACUGUAUUAUGAAAAUAGCAAAAUCAGAUGGAAUUGUUGGUUUAUACCGAGGGUUUGGUGUUUCAGUUCAGGGCAUCAUUGUGUACCGAGCCUCUUAUUUUGGAGCUUACGACACAGUUAAGGACUUAUUACCAAAACCAAAGGAAACUCCUUUUCUUGUCUCCUUUUUCAUUGCUCAAGUUGUGACUACAUGCUCUGGAAUACUCUCCUAUCCCUUUGACACAGUUAGAAGACGUAUGAUGAUGCAGAGUGGUGAGGCUGAACGGCAAUAUAAAGGAACUUUAGACUGCUUUGUGAAGAUAUACCAACAUGAGGGAAUUGGCGCAUUUUUUCGUGGUGCCUUCUCCAAUAUCCUUCGUGGUACAGGGGGUGCUUUGGUGUUGGUAUUAUAUGAUAAAAUUAAAGACCUCCUUAAUAUUGAUAUUGGAGGUAGUUCAUCGGGAGAUUAAAUUGAAAAAUGGAUAUAGUUAACUUAUUAAACAUACAAAUUACGUAGCUGCCAUUUGUAUACAUUUUGAAUAGUGUGUUAUUACUGUCAGUAUUUUCUUAAAGUGCUAAUUCUGCAGUGAAGCAUAGGCUUUUUUUUUUUUUUUUUUUUUUGCGGUACACGGGCCUCUCACUGUUGUGGCCUCUCCCAUUGUGGAGCACAGG